UGUAGUCUUCCUGUUGUAGCAGUUUAGGUUUCAGCUUGUGGUUCGUUUUGUUCGGAAGAAUCGUCGAGAACAACGUUAGAGCAAAAAAGAUAGAAGUAUGCCACGAGUUUACAUUGGACGUCUGAGCUAUCAAAUUCGCGAAAAAGAUAUCCAUCGAUUUUUCAGCGGAUAUGGAAAACUCAUGGAGAUUGACUUGAAAAACGGCUAUGGAUUCGUGGAGUUUGAAGAUAAUCGGGAUGCCGACGACGCAGUUUACGAGCUGAACGGGAAGGAGCUGUGUGGAGAACGCGUGAUCGUCGAGCAUGCUCGAGGCCCGCGGCGAGAUCGGGAUUCCUACGGCGGCGGCGGCGGCGGUGGUGGUGGCGGCGACCGCUAUGGUGGAGGCGGAGGCGGAGGUGGAGGUGGUGGUGGGAGUUACUGGGGCGGCGGUGGGCGCAGUAGCAGCAGUUACAGCAACAGGAACCGCACAAACCGGGAUAAGUAUGGACCACCGGUUCGUACUGAGUAUCGUCUCAUUGUGGAGAACUUGUCCACCCGCUGUAGUUGGCAAGACCUCAAGGACUUCAUGCGUCAGGCGGGUGAGGUAACUUAUGCCGACGCCCACAAGGAACGUAACAAUGAGGGGGUAAUUGAGUUCAGGAGCUAUUCUGAUUUGAAGAGGGCUGUGGACAAGCUGGACGGUACAGACAUCAAUGGGCGCAAGAUUCGUUUGGUGGAGGAAAAAUCUCGCAAACGAAGGUCCUAUUCUGGCGGCAGCCGCUCCAGAUCCCGUAGUCGCCGCCGCUCCCGCAGCAGAAGCCGCAGUCACUCAAGGAGUCGCUCCAGGUCCCACUCCCGAUCUCGUUCCCGCAGCGACAAGAGGAAACGACAGUCCCGCUCCAGGUCUGAAAGGAAAUCUCGCUCCAAGUCUGGCGAUAGGAAAUCGGGGUCUCGCACCAACAAAUCCCGUUCACGAUCCCAGAAGUCCAAAUCCCGUUCACGAUCCCAGAAGUCCAAAUCCCGUUCGCAGUCUCGCAAGUCCCGUUCCCGUUCAGCUGAGAGAAAGUCAAAGUCCCGUUCAAAGAGUCGUUCUAGAGCAAAGUCUGACCGGGAUUCUCGUAGCCGCUCAAAGGAGAUGUCUGGGGACAAGAAGUCCCGAAGCCGUUCCACUUCACCUGUCGAGAAUGGGAAAGAGGAGCGUGCGGCUAAAUCUGCCUCCCGCUCUCCAUCGCCACAAGAAGGCGAUCGCCGGUCUAAAUCAAGAGAGAAGCGUUCAGCGUCUCGCUCAGUGUCCCGCUCGAGGUCUCGCUCGCGGUCCAGAUCCGCCUCUCAGGAUUAGUGGAAGAGCAGAAAGGUGUUUUCUUAUUUUAGAGCUCGGUUGUUUUUGCUGUACAUAGUGAGCAGUGUUGUGUAAUUCAGGCUUAUGCUUUGACUUUCCUCCUUCAAGCAUGUAUUCAUCUUUUACUGUUACAGAUGGAUGCACUUUGCCAAGGCUUUUUGGGGGGGGGGGGGUAUUUAGAAGUCUCACACCUGCCACUUGUCUUCCCAGCUGCAUCGUAUAGGAUCUUCAGUUGUACGAACCCAACGGUUCUUGUUAAGUAGUUUGUUUGACUUUUAAAGUUUUCAUUCAAACGAGCUUGAUUGCUUAGAGCUAAUAGAGCUAAUUUGUUUUGUACUUAUUUCGUGCGCAAAUGUGGAGUAGUAGUACGUGACCCGCAGCACUGCAGCAGUUUUCAUCUUUAUUUUCAACGAGUCCCAACGUUUGAGAAGCAAAGCUGUGUAAUUACAAGUAAUAAAUCUGUAUUUCAUCUUUAAAUAGCUUGCAUUGUAUGUGGUUAUCCCUUUGAACUUCUGUGUAUGAACUAAUUUGCAUAAAUGAUUUCUCCAAUUCUUUCUUGGGUGUUUGACACGUUUUAUUUAGCAUUCAGUAGAGCGUCAGUACCUUAAACAUUUCUCGGUUUCCUGGAUGGAUUUCAUCCCUAGUAAAGUCUUUCUAAAGUGAUUUUUCUCCUUUUUGUGAGUUUCAAAUUAUUUUUAUUUUACUUAAGGAUCUGCUUAGAGUGCAUUAGUGGAAUUUAAGUUGAAGGAAUACAGUCAGGACUGGGGUGGGUUUUUUGUUUUGAAACUACUUGCUGGAAGCAGCUACAUCUUGUGUUGAUGCCCCCCCCCCCCCCAACAUAACAUGAGUUUGUUUUUAAAUGUAUGUUCAAAUAAAGAUCCUAACAAAA